AUUUAACGACACUGCACUCAUUUACAGCAAACAUGGCGGCUUCCAUGAAUUAUUUUUUGUAAACGAAAAGACAGAACACUUUCACAAAAAGAAAUGUUGAAUAAUGUCUGUUUGAGUGAAGUGCUCUCUCAGAUUCCACACCCCUUUACUAUUAUAUAUACCGCCCUAUCCGUUUCGUGUUUUCUUUACAUUUUGUUAAAGUAUUUUGAGAUUGGCGGAGAUGUAUUAUUAUGGAAAAUUCGCGAUAAAAACAUUCUGUUGAUAAUUGCACAUCCAGACGACGAAUGUAUGUUCUUUGGGCCGUCUUUAUUGAACUUACUUGAAGAAAAUAAAAUAUCUAUCCUGUGUAUGACAUCAGGCAAUUUCUAUGACAUUGGUAAAGUCAGAAAAACAGAAUUAUUAGCAAGUGCAUCUGUUUUAGGUAUUUCUACAAAUGAUGUGGUUAUCAUUGACAAGAAGGCACUACCUGAUAAUCCCAGUAUCCAGUGGGAUAAUGAUUUGGUUUGUAAAGAAAUACUAGAUGUAUGUACUAAAAUAGUUCCAGAUAUGAUAAUAACAUUUGAUGAUUAUGGUGUUAGUGGUCAUCAGAAUCAUAUAUCUUUAUUUCAUGCUAUCAGAACAAUUCUUAAAGACAGGGUCUGGAAAAAUAAAUUACCAACCAUACCAGUUGUUUAUAGUUUAGAUAGUAUAUCAGUAUGGAGAAAAUAUAUAUCUGUAUUAGAUCUACUAGUAACAUUAUUAAAACACAGAAAACUAUAUCUCUCUUCAUUAAAGCAGGCUUUAUUAACACAGAAAGCCAUGUUUGCCCAUAGAAGUCAACUGAUGUGGUUUAGAAGAUUGUAUAUUAUAUUUUCUAGAUAUAUGUUUAUAAAUACUUUUACACAAAUAAAACCAGAUUAACACCUUA